UACUGCUGUGUCUCUCAGAGGAAAGAUUUCACCUCCUGCAGCAACAAUGAGUCCAGUUCAGGCUUUGAGAGAGUUUAUCAAGCAGCGACUAACUGCUGCUGCUGGAGAAAUAAUCACCGCGUUUCAACAAACUGUCGUCCAGUUCGAGGAGGAGAUUGAUCGACAGGGGAAACUUCUGGAAAUCAACUGGAAACAUCAAGUCAGGUUCCACAGAACAGAGAGUCCACAGCAACACAUGGGUAACCAGAAGACGAGCUCCAGUCAGGAGCAGGAGGAACAUGAAGCUCCACACAUUAAAGAGGAGGAGGAUGUUGUUGAGGCGACUGUUACUGAUGGUGAAGGAGACGAUUCCCACCACUCCGUGAGAGACCUGACCAUCCAGAAACUAACUGCUGCUGCUGAGGAGAUAUUCACCCUGUUUCAACAAACUGUGGUUCAGUACGAGGAGGAGAUCGGUCGCCAACGCAGAAUGCUGGAAAUCAACUGGAAUCCUCAGAUCAGGUUACACAGAACAGAGCUCCAACAGGACCAUGACUGCAGAGAGGAGCAGCUCUUUAAACGGGAAACCAACUACUGUCUACAACAGGACGACAAAGAACCGCCACAGAUCAAAGAGGAAGAAGAACCAGAACCUCAACACAUCAAGGAAGAAGAGGAAGAACCAGAAUCUCCACAGAUUAAAGAGGAAGAAGAAGAACCAGAACCUCAACACAUCAAGGAAGAAGGGGAAGAACCAGAACCUCAACAGAUCAAACAAGAAGAACCAGAACCUGAACACAUCAAAGAAGGACAACCAGGACUUCAUCAGUUUAAGGAGGAGCAGGAGGAACCAAAAUCCUCACAGAUUGAGGAACAUGAGGAACUCAGUACCAGCCAGAAGAGAGAAGAGUUUAUUCUGAAGUUUGAUUGUGAAACCUUGAAGGUUCCUUCUGUUGAGGAUCACAGUGACCUGAGUGAACCAGAAGUACCAGAGACUGAGCGGUUCCCCUCUCAGGACUCUGAAGUCCACCAUGAGAAAAGACACAUGGACUCAGAAUCAACUCCAAACGCGAAGUUAAAAAAACUCAAGGUGUUUCAGAGAAAGAGUGUGAACAAUUUGGAUGUUUCAGAGAAGCAGACUGAAUGUGAAAAGCUUCUUUGUGAAGAAACAUGUGAGAAAACUGACCAUGAAAAACAUCAGUUAUGUCCGAAGGUCAGAGUGGUCACUGAUGAGAAGAUACUUUAUGAAACAUGCGGGAAAAGUUUCAGUAAACCGAGUCGUUUGUUGGUCCACAGGAGAACUCGCAGAGGUGAGAAACCUCAUUUUUGUGAAACAUGUGACAAAAGUUUCCGUUUUCACAGUUAUUUGUUGCGCCACAUGACAGUUCACACAGGUGAGAAGCCUCAUUGUUGUGAAACAUGUGGCAAGAGGUUCAGUGUAUGGCGUGAAUUCAAGAUCCACAAGAGAACUCACACAGGUGAGAAGACUUAUUCUUGUGAAACAUGUGGCAAAAGUUUUGGCCGACAGAGUAAUUUGUUGCGCCACAUGAGAAUUCACAAAGGUGAGAAGCCUCAUUCUUGUGAAAAAUCUGGCAAGAGGUUCAAUGUAUGGCGUGAUUUCAAGAUCCACGUGAGAACUCACACAGGUGAGAAGCCUCAUUCUUGUGAAACAUGUGGCAAAAGGUUCAAUCAAAAGCGUAAUUUGUUGCGCCACGUGAGAACUCACACAGGUGAGAAGCCUUAUUCUUGUGAAACAUGUGGCAAAAGGUUCAGUCAAAAGCGUAAUUUGUUGCGCCACGUGAGAACUCGCACAGGUGAGAAGCAGGUGAAAAGACACAUGGACUGGGAAUCAACUCCAAAUGCAAAGCUGAAAAAAUCAAGGUGUUUCAUACAAACAGUGUGAACAACAUUGAUGUUUCAGAGAAGCAGGCUGAAUGUGAAAAGCUUCUUUGUGAAGGAACGUGUGAGAAAACUGACCAUGAAAAACAUCAGUUAUCUCCAGAGGUCAGAGUGGUCUCUGAUGAGAAGAUACUUUAUGAAACAUGUGGGAAAAGUUUCAGUCUACCGAGUCGUUGUUGGUCCACAAGAAAAGUCACAGAGGUGAGAAGCCUCAUUUUUGUGAAACGUGGGAAAAGAUUGAUUUAAUGUAAUUCAUUGCUGCACCACCAGAAUACUCUCAAAUAGAUGAAAUCAUGAAAGACUGUGAGAGAUGUUGUUCAGGAAGUCCAGCUUGAUUCCAAAAUCACAACAAAUCAUCCAGUUUGAAGGAAACGUUACUGAUUCAGACGCUGUUCAGACUGCUUCAGGAACAUUUCAGUUUGUGGUCUGUCACAAGAAAAGUGAACUUUGAAGAAAUGGAAAUAAAAUGUUGAU